UGCCUUCAAAUCAGCUUCCACUCUGAGGAAUGAAAGUUUUCCACAUCAUCUGGACAUCAUAGGAAAACUGUUACAACUCCAGCAACAUGAUCUUCAACGACAGCGAGAGAAGCAACAACACUGAUGAGACCUCUGGUGAAUACAGUGGAUUCUUAGACUGGAUCAAUUUGAUCACCAUUGGGAUCGGACUUCCUUUGACUCUGGUGCUCAUGACUGCAGUCUUUUUGCAGCUGAAAAAGGAUCAGGGAUCUUCAGCCUACAUCAUCAACCUUCUCAUUUCUGAUCUCGUUCAGCUCUGCAGCAGAAUUCCUAUGUAUUUGUCUCCGGAUGAUGUCAUCCCUGGUUUCUUCUGUAUAUGGGGAAUAUUAGUCAGUGUGGGAUUCAUGAUGUGCAUCUCAGUGGAAAGGUAUCUGGUUAUUGCCAAAGCAGUUUGGUACAAAUUCAGGAGAAACAACAGAGCAUCUGUUGUGGUCUGCAUUGUGGUCUGGGUUCUUCCUCUUCCUUUAUUGCUAGCUAUUAAUUUCAAGCCAUACAUACAGAUAUAUGCAUAUAUCUUGACAUUUAUUUUCCUCCUGCCCUUCCCCUUGUUCCUUUUCUUCUUGUUUGGAUCAAUCAGAUCUCUGUCUGCAGCUCACAGCGUUCCUGCAGGUGAGAAAAGAAGAAUUGUAGCCAUUCUGGUUGUAGUGCUGCUUAUUUACACAACACUUUUCUUGCCCAUCAUCAUUUGGUUCCUGGUACAAGACAGUUUGACUCUUACUACUGUGGCUACUCUUUGUAUUUACAUGAGUCCUCUUGCAGACACCAUUUUGUAUUUGCUGAUUCGAAAAAGCCUUCUGGACAAAGUUCUGGCUUCAUUGUGUUUCUGUAAAAUGUCUAACGGUCAGGAGAUGAGCAGCAUGGGAAAUGACAACAUGAUUGGUCCAAGUACUGACGCUGUUUGAUCUGUAAGGUGAUUCAGAAGUGCUUUCAUAGUAAUCUGGGUUUGUUGUGUCUGAUUCUGAGGAUUAAUGAAUCUUUGUAAAAACUACCUGCAGUGUUUCCUGUUUCACUCCAACGUUUUAGAGAUUUGUUGCCAUUUCAACAAUAAAUAAGAUGAAUUACUAGAAAGACUGUUACCAGUAAACUAUUGACCAUAUGUGUUGAUAAAAAAAUAACUUAAAAGAGGUUUCAAAUAAAAGUUAUCGUAUUUUUACGA